CGAGGGGCGGGCGGGGCGCUCCGGGGCCGCGCGCGGCGGCGGCGAGGACAUGGCGCGGGCGCCCUGCUGGGCGCUGGGCUGGCUGCUGCUCGCCUGCCUCCUGCCGCGGGCAGAGCCGCUGGCCGUGAUGUCGGUGGACGUGGGCAGCGAGUCGAUGAAGAUCGCCAUCGUGAAGCCUGGCGUGCCGAUGGAGAUCGUCCUGAACAAGGAAUCGCGAAGGAAAACACCUGUGGCUGUUUCUUUGAAGGAAAAUGAACGUCUCUUUGGUGAUAGUGCACUAGGAAUGUCUAUAAGGACCCCCAAGGUGGCAUUCAGAUAUUUUCAGGAUCUGUUGGGUAAGCACAUCAAUAACCCCCAAGUGGCGCUGUACCAGACCCGGUUCCCAGAACAUGAACUGGUGGAGGAUGAAAAGAGACAGACAGUUAUCUUCAAGCUAUCCCAAGUGGUACAGUAUUCUCCAGAGGAAAUGCUUGGUAUGGUCCUGAACUAUUCACGUGGUCUGGCUGAAGAAUUUGCAGAGCAACCCAUCAAGGAUGCAGUGAUCACUGUUCCCGCCUACUUCAACCAGGCGGAGAGGAGGGCAGUUCUGCAUGCCGCUCGCAUGGCUGACUUGAAGGUUCUGCAGCUGAUCAAUGACAACACUGCUGUAGCAUUGAAUUACGGAGUUUUUAGGAGGAAAGACAUCAAUGCCACAGCACAGAAUAUCAUGUUUUACGACAUGGGAGCAGGAAGCACCGUUUGUACUAUCGUUACGUAUCAGACAGUGAAAACUAAGGAGUCGGGAACCCAACCUCAAUUGCAGAUCCAGGGCAUUGGGUUUGACCGUACUCUUGGGGGUUUAGAGAUGGAGCUUCGUCUCCGGGAUUAUUUGGCAAAGCUCUUUAAUGAUCAACAUCCCUCAAAAGAUGUCCGAAAGAAUCCCCGGGCCAUGGCCAAACUACUAAAGGAGGCCAAUCGUCUGAAAACUGUCCUGAGUGCAAAUGCUGAGCAUGUGGCACAGAUUGAGGGGCUACUGGAUGAUAUUGACUUCAAGGCCAAAGUCUCAAGGCAAGAAUUUGAGGAUUUGUGCUCUGACUUGUUUCAACGAGUCCCAGGACCUGUGCAACAGGCUCUGAGCAGCGCAGAAAUGAAACUGGAUGGAAUUGACCAGGUGAUUCUAGUUGGCGGUGCCACACGGGUCCCCAAAGUGCAGGAAGUUUUGCUGAAAGCUGUGGGCAAAGAAGAACUGGGCAAGAAUAUCAAUGCUGAUGAGGCUGCAGCUAUGGGUGCAGUCUACCAGGCAGCUGCUCUGAGCAAAGCCUUUAAGGUGAAGCCUUUUGUGGUUCGAGACGCAGCUAUGUUUCCUAUCCAGGUGGAGUUUACUCGUGAAGUUGAGGAAGAUGAUAAAUCCAAGAGUUUAAAGCAUAAUAAGAGGAUUUUGUUCCAGCGCAUGGCACCCUAUCCACAGCGUAAAGUUAUCACUUUCAACCGCUACACAGAUGACUUUGAGUUCUAUGUCAACUAUGGAGAUCUGUCUUUCCUGAACCAGGAUGACUUGCGGAUUUUUGGAUCUCUCAAUCUCACUACUGUGAGGUUAAAGGGAGUUGGAGACAGUUUCAAGAAGCAUUCAGAUUACGAGUCCAAAGGCAUCAAAGCUCACUUCAAUAUGGAUGAGAGCGGAGUACUAAGUCUUGACCGGGUGGAAUCUGUGUUUGAGACCUUGGUGGAAGACAAACCAGAGGAGGAGUCAACUCUAACAAAACUUGGAAACACAAUCUCAAGCCUGUUUGGGGGUGGUGGCCAUACACCAGAGACUGGAGAGAACCUGACAGACUCAGUUCAGGAAGAAGAAGAAAGCCUAGCAGAAACAGCUAAAGAAGAGCAGGCAGUGAAACAAGGCCAGAAGAGCAGUGCAGAAGAUGCUGGUGAAGAGCAAGGAGAAGAGAAACAGCGGUCACCACUUCCAGAUCAGGCAGAAAGUACCCCUCUGAAAGAAGAACCACAAAAAAAGGAAGAAGGCGAGAAAUUAGAGUCUCAGGAUACCAAAGAAAAUAGAGAAACUAUGAAAGAAGAAGAACCGUCCAAAAGUUCUGGUGCAAGCACAGCUACUAAAACAGAGGAAGAGAAGAAAGUCAAAGCACCCAAGAAGCAAAAGCUUGUCCAUGAAAUCACCAUGGAACUGGAUGUAAAUGAUGUGCCUGACCUGUUAGAGGAUGAACUGAAGAGCUCAAUGAAAAAACUCCAAGACUUGACAGUCAGAGAUCUAGAGAAACAGGAAAGAGAAAAAUCAGCCAACAGCUUGGAGUCCUUCAUCUUUGAGACCCAGGACAAGCUUUACCAAGAAGAGUAUCAGUUUGUCUCAACAGAGGAGGAGAGAGAAGAAAUUUCGAAAAAACUUAGUGAAGCUUCAAAUUGGAUGGAGGAGGAGGGCUAUGCAGCUGCAACUAAGGAGCUGAAAGACAAGCUUUCAGAGCUGAAGAAGCUUUGUAGGAACCUCUUUUUCCGUGUCGAGGAAAGGAGAAAAUGGCCAGAACGCCUGGCUGCCCUGGAGAGUCUGCUUAACCACUCAAACAUCUUCCUCAAGGGAGCCCGCAUGAUUCCAGAGUCUGACCAGAUAUUCACAGAAGUGGAACUGGGUACGCUGGAAAAAGCAAUCAAUGAAACAAUGAUGUGGAAAAAUGAGACACUGGCUGAACAGAAAAAGCUGUCUCCUGCUGAGAAACCUGUCCUGCUGUCCAAAGAUAUAGAGCUCAAGAUAGCAGCCUUGGACAGGGAAGUGCAGUAUCUUCUGAACAAGGCCAAGUUUGCAAAACCCAAAUUUAAGAAGGAGAAGAAUGCCACAAAACCUGAUUCAGGCAAGAAUGCUACAGCAACCUCCGAGAGUGAGAACACUAUCCCUCCCACGGAGGGGAAGCAAGAAGAUAAACCUGAGGAUAUCAGUCCAGCUGAGGAACCUCCUACGGCUGAGAAAGCAAUAGGUGAUGAGCCUCAAUCAGACUCCGGGUCCAAAAAAGAGAAGAAACUAGAAGCUGGAGGAGAAAGCAGGAAAAACGAUGAGUUAUAACACCCCUGAAAUCCCACUAGUGUCAGCAUCUAUUUAUUUCAUCGUUACUUUCUUUUUUUUUUUUUUUAAUGGACCUAGUUAGUUAUGAUGUAAAUGGAACACAACAAACAGUCUGACAACACAAUGGAAUAGAGGUGUAAAUUUUUUUUCUUUUUGGGGAAUUUUCCGCUACUAACUUAGCAAAUUUGGGUGUUUUUUUUUUUGUUGUUGUUCUUACAUGUUUAAAGGUGGCCAUGUGCUCACCAAGAAUUGUCUCAGUUUCAGGACAGAAGUCACCAAAGUGACUUUUCUGUAGAGAGGAAACAGUUUAAGGAAGGUUUUAAGCCUUAGGAAGUAACUUGGAACAUAUGCUCUGUGACACACCUCGUCUCGUGAAGAUAGAUGGGAUUAAUCCAGAAGCAUAUGUUGCUGAGAUGGUGUUGCAUUAGCAAAUGAGGUUCUAACUUAAGGAAAUUGUGUGAUUUCAACUCCUGGGAAGUGUAUUCUCAUUUGGAUUCAUAUGAGAAACUGGAAAAGGGAUUGGGGAGGCAGAUGCUCUGUGCUUCGAGAUAAGAAUGUGUCUACUUCCAUAGACUGUUAUUAAAACUAUCUCUAUCCAUGCUCUGUAGCAGAGUCUGAAAACCAUGAAGUAAGAUUUAACUAAAGGAUUCAGUUUAUUGUUUACUGUAAAAUAAAAGUUCAGAAAUUGCAAGAUUGAAUGCACAGGAGACUGAAAGAACUUGUUAGUGCGUCUUUUAGUCAGAACAACAAACAGUAGUUGACCAGAGAGGUGGCAGAGGGCUAGGCAGAAACAAAAGAAAACUGGCGAAUUUAAGCUAACUAUCCUCCUCUUUCAGUAUCUUGUGUACUUGGACUGGCUCCAUUGUGAAACUUCAUGUCCUUGGCUGUGGUCUCCUAACUCCUUGGGACUGUUCAUGCUGCUAAAAUACACGAGUGAAGUCUUUGAAUGACUUGCGCAAACACUUGUGAAUGUGCAUCUGAUGUUGUUCUCCAUUGGCCUAUUUGACCAAAAAUAAAAAUGGCACUUCCAGACAGUCUCUAACAA